AGGGUGGUGGCGCUCGGGGGAAAAGUCACCAUCCGCUGUGAGGGUCAGGACCCGGGCAUGGAGUUCGUUCUGCAUAAAGCUGGACACCCGAACCCGCAGGUGCGGACGGUGCCUCAUGGGACCGUGGCUGAAUUUCCCAUCCCCAGUGUCAGCCGGGAAGAUGGAGGGAGCUACACCUGCGACUAUCGCUCCAUAACGGAACCGAGUCGCUGGUCGUAUCCCAGCGACCCCGUCGAGAUCAUUGUAGCAGAGCCCAGCUACCCCAAACCCAGCAUCUCCCUGAGCCCCAGCUGGGGGGUCUCCCUGGGGGGAGACGUGACCGUCCAGUGUUGGGGGCAGCACCAGAGCGUGUGGUUCGUGCUGAAUAAAGAGGGACGUAAUUUCUCACCUGUGGAUUCAGACGGGUUGGAGGCUGAGUUUCCCAUCAGCAACGUUCACCGGGAUCUUGGCGGGAGCUACAGCUGCUCCUAUCACAGCAGAUCGCAGCCGUUCAACGUGUCGUACCCCAGUGACCCCGUGGAGCUGGUGGUGAGAGAUCCCAGCUUACCCAGACCCGCCAUCUCCCUGAGCCCCACUGGGCCCUUCGUCUCCUCAGAGCCCAGCGACCCCGUGCAGCUGGUGGUAGCAGAGCGUGAAUUUCUCAAACCCACCAUCUGGGUGAGCCCCAGCAGGGUGGUGGCGCUCGGGGGAAACGUCACCAUCCGCUGUGAGGGUCAGGACCCGGGCAUGGAGUUCGUUCUGCGUAAAGUUGGACACCCGAACAUGCAGGUGCAGACGGUGCCUGAUGGGCCCUUGGCUGAAUUUCCCAUCCCCAGUGUCAGCCGGGAAGAUGGAGGGAGCUACACCUGCGACUAUCGCUCCAUAACGGAACCGAGUCGCUGGUCGUAUCUCAGCGACCCCGUCGAGAUCAUUGUAGCAGAGCCCAGCUACCCCAAACCCAACAUCACCCUGCAGAGCCGCAGCUGGGGGGUCUCCCUGGGAGGAGCUGUGACCAUCUGGUGUCGGGGGCAGCGCCAGGGCGUGCGGUUCGUGCUGAAUAAAGAGCGACGCCGUUUCCCACCUGUGGAUUCGGUCGGGUUGGAGGCUGAGUUUCCCAUCAGCAACGUGAGCCGGGAGGACGGCGGGAGCUACAGCUGCUCCUAUCACAGCAGAUCGGAACCGUUCGCCGUGUCGUACCCCAGCGACCCCGUGGAGCUGGUGGUGAGAGAUCCCGGCUUACCCAGACCCUCCAUCUCCCUGAGCCCCACUGGGGUCACCGCCCCAGGGGCAGACGUCACCAUCCGGUGUGAGGGGCAGCGCCGGGACGUGAGGUUCUUACUGCACAAGGCUGGAGACCUGAACCCGCAGCGACACAUGGACCCUGCUGGGGCCGGGGCUGAGUUCCGCAUCCCCAGCGUGAGCCGGCAGCACGGAGGGAGCUACAGUUGCAGCUACCGGCCCCGCUCAGAGCCCUUCAUCUCCUCAGAGGCCAGCGACCCCGUGCAGCUGGUGGUAGCAGAGCGUGAAUUUCUCAAACCCACCAUCUGGGUGAGCCCCAGCAGGGUGGUGGCGCUCGGGGGAAACAUCACCAUCCGCUGUGAGGGUCAGGACCCGGGCAUGGAGUUUGUUCUGCGUAAAGUUGGACACCCGAACAUGCAGAUGCAGACGGUGCCUCAUGGACCUGAGGCUGAAUUUCCCAUCCCCAGUGUCAGCCGGGAAGAUGGAGGGAGCUACACCUGCGACUAUCGCUCCAUAACGGAACCGAGUCGCUGGUCGUAUCCCAGCGACGCCGUCGAGAUCAUUGUAGCAGAGCCCAGCUACCCCAAACCCAACAUCACCCUGAAGAGCCGCAGCUGGGGGGUCUCCCUGGGAGGAGCCGUGGCCAUCUGGUGUCGGGGGCAGCGCCAGGGCGUGCGGUUCGUGCUGAAUAAAGAGCGACGCCGUUUCCCACCUGUGGAUUCGGUCGGGUUGGACGCUGAGUUUCCCAUCAGCAACGUGAGCUGGGAGCACAGCGGGAGCUACAGCUGCUUCUAUCACAGCAAAUCGGAGCCGUUCGCCGUGUCGUACCCCAGUGACCCCGUGGAGCUGGUGGAACCGGGAGUCGCUAUUUAA